ACCGGCGUGUGGACGAGAGCACUUUGGAAAUUCUGCGAAUAUUGGUCACAUACUCUUGGAUUUUCGCUGCUAUAUUUCAUACAUUUUUUUCGUUAGAUCUAAAUGAAACCUGAUAUGACUUCGAGUACGAGAGACGCGGAAGAGGUUCAUAUGAAUCAUGCUCUCACCAAUGGAUACACCAAUGGCUACACACUUCCACAUCCUAAAACCUCCGAACCAAUUCCAUCGAGAUUGACAGAAUUAAUGUUCGGAUUCUGCGCGUCUCAGACAUUGUUCGCUGCUUGUGAGCUGGGAAUCUUUGAUGCUCUUUAUGCAACUGUACCACUGUCUGCUGAAGACAUUGCAGAAAAGCUCUCCACAAACCAAGAUGCCACUUGUAGGAUUCUUGAUGCACUAACUGGCAUGGAGUUCUUAAAAAAGCAUCAGUUUGCUUCUGGACCUGCUAAAUACAGCAAUAUGCCCAUAGCAGACAGGUACUUGACAAGUACUAGUCCUGAAUCAAUCAAGUGUUCCAUGGCAUUUGGUAGUAAUGUCUUAUAUAAUCUCUUUGGCAACCUACAAUGUGCAGUACGGGAAGGUCAAAACCAAUGGGAAAGAUCUUUCAACCGAUCUUCAGCUGAAGACUUUUUCAAAGAUGUUCUUGCGACAAAAGAGGGAUGUAUUCGUCUUAUGGAAGGGAUGAGAGGAACAUGCCGACCUGCUGCCAAGGGGGUGGUGAAGGCAUUUGAUUUGGGCAGCUUUGAGCACAUGUGUGACCUAGGGGGGUGUACCGGGGACGUUGCCUACGCUGCUUGUAUGGUCUACCCUAACACGAAGAUCACGGUGCUCGAUUUACCACCAGUCGUACAGAAUGCAUCACACUUUAGACCUUCCAUCCACGAGUGUCCAAACCAACACAAUGUCACUUUUGUGGCGGGAGACUUCUUUGAGCCCACACUGCCAGCCGCUGACCUGUACGUGUUGACUCAUGUUCUACAUGACUGGGGCGAGGCAAAGAUUGAUGCUUUACUGUCAAAUGUGUACAAGAACCUUCCUUCAGGUGGAGGGCUUCUCAUUGGUGAAUUACUCUUGAAAGAAGAUAAAACAGGGCCCUUAGUAGGCGUGCUGGCCUCUUUAACAAUGCUCGUGCUCUGUGACAAGGGAGCGCGCGAGAGAUCAGGACAAGAGUACAAACAGCUGCUAGAAAAACAUGGUUUUGUCGAUGUGCAGUACAAGUACACUGGAAACUCCUUCAUGGACGCUGUUUUCUGUAGGAAACCUUGAAUACAAUUCCAGCGGUCACUGGGUCCAGGGGAUUUCGCUUCUCUCAGCCUAAACGAAUUAGCCAAUCAGUGAACAUUUCGCUCGUAGUUCAAUGCUUCCUAUUUUUCAGGAAUUUUUAAUAAACAACAGUUUUUACUUGAAAAUAAAGAAAAUAUAAUUCAUCCCUGGAAAGAUUCACCGAAUAAGCUUUAGAAAAAGCUUUUUUUGUCGUUGUUUAAAAUAUUUCGUUUUUACGAGAGAUAAUAGAAAGUACUUGGAAAAUUUCACUGUGACGAAUUUCCUUUUAUUCAAAUUUGUAUUUCCUCAUGAGAAUAGUAAAACAAAUGGUGCUGAUUAACUGAACAAAACAAAGUGUGCAAGGGAUUUUGGUAGUUUCUGGGGGCACCUUAUUUUCUGUUGGUAAUAUGGUGUCAAGAGAAAAAAUCUUAUAGAUACUUAAAACAUUAAAAAUAUCAUUUGGAGCAA